AUGGCCAAUCCUCGUAACCUAUUCCGUCAGGCUCUUUCCUGUGUGAUUCGCAUAUUGCAGGGUCCUCUAACUUUGGAUGACCGAAGGCUGGAAACCAGGAGGCUAGAAGACCGGAAGCUUGCUGUCAUUGGGGGGUUUUGUGUUCAGCACUACCUAGGUGACGAGCGUCGGGAGACUCAGGAUCUGGACCUCAUGAUCGAGUUCGACUACCCAACCGAUGACAUCAGGGUAGCGCUUGCCAAUGCAGACCCAGAUCAUUUUCGACUCCGUGCUGAUGUUCUAUACUACUGUUCCGGUACCGACUUGGUCCAAGUGGAUCUAAUUUCCCACCAGACUGCACUGCCUUACCAUCAUCGCAAAAUCCCUGACCCUCCCCGUGAGGUUCUCCCCGCAGACGCAACACGGAUCGGGGACAUCCAAGCGGAGCAUCCGCCUUUCCUCUCGGUGCAGGAUAUGAUCGCGUUGAAAGUCUACUGCUGCGGGACGCGUUCCACUCAAAGGAAAAACCGGGUCGAUGCUCAGGAUGCCUGGGAGCUGGCCGCCGUGCUUCCCGAGGUCGUUACUUGGGAGCCAUGGCAGCGUGACGCUAUCCAGGAUGGGCUGGAAGACGUUGUCUGCUUCUUUGAUGAGACAAGGAAUGACUGGAUAGCAGCUCUUCGUCUGUGA